AUGCGGCCCAAGAGCCAGAUCCUCGGCUUCAUCGCUCGGUUUGUUGGGUUCUUUGUGUACUGCAUGUCUCUCACCGUUCUUCUCCCCCAUUUGGCCGGGAGGGAUAUGGACCUCUUCCCUGCAUCGCCCGGAAAGAAUGCGACGUCCAUUUGGGUGGAGGCUCUUGUUACAACGGGGGUCGUCUUCCUGCUGGCACACGGCCUCAUCGGUGAAUGUCUGUGCCUUCUGACGGCGUAUCCUGUCGGGCUACUCGAACACAUCCGCGGCAACACAUGCGAGCCCGCACUUCCAAAAUACUGCCGGGAAACAGCACAAGCACUGCAACGACUACGAAACGGCGAUGGCUUUGACGCAAGCAAGCCGACGUCCGAAAGCAAGCGUCAGCUAAGCAGAGGUGGAAGCCACCAUCAAUUCAACUCCAUCGAAUUCUUCUUUGAAAUCUUCUCGCUCGAACUCCAGCUCGAGUUCGCAACGCAGACCAUGAGAGUACAAACACCCUCUACAAUCCCAUAUCACGUUAUUUACAAUCUGCGGAACCACUUUGAGAACUUGGUCGACCUCGGAAACAUCGACGAAUGUCGGGCACCCAUCAUUCGGGAGAACAUCGACAUUCUCGCGCAGUCGGGGCGGGAAUGCGCAGUAUUUGCCUUCACCGACGUCAUUCCGCUGGAGUCUCUCUGUUUUGUCUACAUGGCCGGCUGGCUCAUUGCGUUAUAUGUUCCGGUCCAGCAUUGCAAUUGGUUUGUGCAAAAACCCCCAUUGGAGCUGGAACUAAGCAGCCAGCCGGUCCCAACUUUAGCCAUGCUUGCGGCCAUGGCUGCGUUAUCGACUUCAUGCUCCAUGUUGACUACAAUCCUCUCACAGAUGUGGAGGCUGUGGGAUCCGUUUAGGAAAGGGACCAACACAUAUGGAUGGACGUUGGGCAUUGCAACGGAGAUUGACGACUUGCUCAAUGAGUUUGACGAGUACGACGCCAAGGAACUUCUUCGCAAGCAUUCAUACAUGGACCCAUCGGCUUACCUGGACGACAUGAAGUACGACGGUGGAUCUACACAGCCCGGCUCACAUGCCCAAACAGUCUGA